UCAAGACUGCAGUAUUGCUACUGCAACGAGCACAUCGGAUAUUAAUCUUGCGUACGUCUACAGAACCAACAAAACGAAAAUAAUUAUUGGUUUUUACUUUCCAUGCUCCACAGUUUUGUAGAAUUUCGCGCUUUAACACCUCAUACCGGAAGCGAUAAUUUUCUUGAUGCACAACGAGGAUAGUUUGCUAAUCGUAUUAUAAAAGCGGGAAAUGGGGAACUGCCGUGACUUGAAAAUCACCCCGGACAGAAGCAGUAAAAUGCAUUUACUGCUCUUUUUCCUGUUUGCCGGCUUGUAUGCCUUUUGCUUCUCAGCAUUCACUGGAGACCAACCAGUCAAUCCAACCGCAGAAGACGGCAUUCUUUUUGAUUGGAGAAAAUUCAAAAACUUUCACGGGAAAGAAUACGAUGGAGCCGAGGAUGCCAUGCGACGCAAAGCAUAUAUAAAGAACAGCCAACGAGUCGACCGGCACAAUAAGGAAUAUUUACAAGGUCUCCAUUCCUAUAAACUGAAAAUCAACCAUUUUGCUGACAUGGCACCCGAAGUAUUUCGAACGAUGAUGCACGGAAUAAAAUUCCGGAACAACGAUACCAGUUUUGCCAAAAAUCCCGUGUUCCUCGCCCCGUCAAAUGUCCAACUUCCGGAGACGAUCGACUGGCGACAGCGAGGUUUUGUCACUCCCGUGAAGAAUCAAGGCCAAUGCGGAUCCUGCUGGGCGUUCAGUUCGACCGGAGCGCUGGAAGGACAGCAUUUCCGUAAGACGGGCAGAUUGAUCUCGUUGAGCGAGCAGCAGCUGGUGGAUUGUUCGUGGCAGUAUGGUAACCAAGGCUGCAGUGGCGGCUUUAUGACCCAAGCGUUUGAUUAUAUUAAAGACAACAACGGCGUGGAUACGGAAACUUCCUACCCUUACGAGGCAAAGGAGGACAGCUGUCACUUCAGGAUGGACACGGUGGGAGCAACAGAUUAUGGCCACGUGUAUGUGCUACCAGAAGGAAAUGAAGAGAUCUUGAAAACGGCCGUGGCUACCGUAGGACCGAUAAGCAUUGCCAUGGACGCUAGCCACGAGACUUUUCAAACGUAUUCAUCUGGGGUCUACGAUGAGGAUGAGUGCAGUUCAGACGUAAGAAGCCUGAAUCAUGCCAUGUUGAUUGUUGGAUAUGGCAACGAGAAUGGAAAGGAUUACUGGCUGGUCAAGAACAGCUGGGGUGAGGAAUGGGGCGACGACGGUUACAUCAAGAUGGUGCGCAAUAAAAACAACCAGUGCGGCAUCGCCACUGCUGCCAGUUAUCCACUGUUCGUUCUCGGCUUUAUGAAAUCGAACGCCGGGAACACUUUGUUGUUUGUCAAUUUCGGUGACUUAGGAUCGUUGAUCUUGAGUCAGUCGAGAAAACUAAAAUCGAAAAUGUAUACUUCUGAGUUACUCUUUCUGUCGUUCGCCGGGUUGUAUGCCUUUUGCUCCUCAGCGUGCAUUAGCGAACUACCAACUGAUGCAACCGGAGAAAACGGCAUUCUGUUUGACUGGAGAAAAUUCAAGACUUUUCACGGGAAAGAAUACGAUGGAGCCGAAGAUACCACGCGACGCGAACUAUAUAUGAAGAACAGCCAACGAGUCGAUCAGCACAAUAAGGAAUACGCGAGGGGUCUGCAUUCUUAUAAACUUAAAGUUAACCAUUUUGCCGACAUGAAACCCGAAGAAUAUUACAAGAUGGCGCAUGGAGUAAAAUCUCGAAGCAACGAUAAGACUGCAAGAAACCCAGUGUUCCUCGCCCCGUCAAAUGUCCACCUUCCAGAUGAGGUGGACUGGCGGCAAUGGGGAUAUGUUACCCCCGUCAAGAAUCAAGCCUCAGACUGGGGCUCGCGUUGUGGAUCGUGUUGGGCAUUUAGCACUACGGGAGCGCUGGAGGGGCAACAUUUCCGCAAGACGGGAAGACUGAUCUCGUUAAGUGAGCAGCAACUGGUCGACUGUUCCCGAGAGAAUAACGGCUGCGAGGGUGGAAAUCCUUCCCUAGCGUUUGAUUACAUCAAGGACAAUCAUGGUCUGGAUACGGAAACGUCGUACUCGUAUGAAGCAAGGGAUGGCACCUGUCGCUUCAGAAGGGACACAGUGGGAGCAACAGAUUAUGGUUAUGUGGAGGUGAUGCCGAGCGGUAACGAAGAGAUCUUAAGAGUAGCCGUGGCCACUGUAGGGCCGAUUAGUAUCGCCGUGGAUGCCAGCCUCGACACCUUUGCAAAAUAUUCGUCUGGCGUUUACGAUGACGGUGAGUGCAGUUCUGAACGAAGCAAACGGGAACACGCCAUGUUAAUCGUUGGAUACGGGAACGAGAACGGAAAAGAUUACUGGCUGGUCAAGAACAGCUGGGGUGAAGAAUGGGGCGAAGAUGGUUACAUUAAGAUGGUGCGCAAUAAGGACAACCAGUGCGGCAUCGCUAGCGAAGCCAUGUAUCCUCUGGUGUAGAUUUUCCACUCGCACAAUGCAACAGGUGCUUGCGGACUGAUACGUAAUAACAAUGCAUUGUUAUCAAGUAUACACUAUACACGAUUAACGCAUGCUGCUUGUUCAAGCUGUUUCUUGGUCUGCUGGUGAUUAUUAUACAUUCGUUUACGUUGGCAGUUCGGAAAUCAUCUUCAUCAGUAUCGGUUGAGGCACAUGGUGAUUUGU